AUGGUCCAGUCGGAGAGACUGCAUCCAGUUCGACAUGUAUCGACCGCUUCCCAGGACACCUCGGCCUCUGGUAUCGCAGACAGCACCAUUAGCAACGGCGAGUCUUUGCGGUUAUCUCAGUUUCCCCAGCCACCGUCUUCGAUCCCUACUACGCCUUUGCGUGCAGACUUUGCACCUCCAUCACCAAGUACCCCCACCUUUCAUACUAUAAUUGCGCCGCUUUUUUUGCACCAAUCUACUACGUCACAGCCAUCUCCACCCUUCCGAAAUUUCCCCUCAGAUGCUUCUGCCAAUAAUCGGUUACCGUCCUCGACUCCGCCAAUCUCCCCUUAUUAUUCAGGCUCAGGCACUUUCUCCCCUCACGACUGGUAUGAUGGUGCCUCUAGCAUUGAUGUCGACGCUACUGAGGACCGUUUACUCUCGACAUCGUUCAUUACAUCGUUGCUCCAGGAGCAUUCAGCACCUUCAUUUAAUAGCGUAGGUCGCAGGGCUUCCUUCAGUAGCGAUGCAUUCAGCGGCGUGUCAGAAAUGACAUACCCACCAACUGCUCGUUAUCCAGACUAUGUCGACCGACCUCCUUUACCUACCCCACCGCCUAAACCUCCAAGAUCUUCCCCUCCUCGCAGACCACAAGGCGCCAGACCCCGACAGCAUCCCCCCACCUCCUUCACUAACAAAGUUCCCCCCCACUCGGAUUAUUCCGAUACACUCUACUCGGAGCAGGAGGACAAUUUUCCCACUAUCAUUCGUUCGGCCAGCCUUUCUCGAGGAGUCACCGUUCCCGGUGCUUCCGUGGUAGGCGUCGCUCCUGCAACGUUGCGAGCCGUAUCAAUACACAGCGAUGGAUCAAGCACAGACUACAAAGAAUUCGUUCGUUCCAGCUCAAUUUUGCCUCUGACAAAGCCGCGUCCCCCUCCUGCUCGUCCUAUGUCACGGCAGUCCACACAUUCGAACCAUAGCGCCGCUCCUUCAUUUCUUUCUCGUGUGUCAUCUACGAGCAAAUCCAUAAUCCAGCGUCUCCCUAACUGGAGACGAGCUAAGCCCCUACCGCCUGUUCCUAUCAUACCACAUAUCCCCAUCGCCGCUGAAAUUGCCAACCGGCGACGGGAGGCAACUAUGCCUCUGUCAGACUUGGCUGCGCGGGCAGGGACACUGAAUAACUUGCUAGAAAAGGGGUAUUAUCCUCAUGACUCGCGAACGUUCUACCAUUUCGAUUCCCAUACAGGUAUAUCCUCUGCGUAUAGUGGAGGAGACAUUCCGACGAAUGGUGAUCCCUUGCGGACACAUCGUAACCGCAAAUCUCAACAUGCACCCGUUUUGCAUCCGCCAGAUUCUCCCGGCUUAGACAGGCCUAAGAGCAUGACACAUUUUUCUCGUAAGAAAAAGUUGAUCAUCUUGGGUAUUUUCAUCGCGGUCGCAUUGAUUACCGUUGGUGUUGCUGUCGGCGUAACGGUGAGUCGGAAAAGUCAGGACCUACAUCAAUGUGCUGCUGGUCUUGCCGGAGCGGUUUGCGAUCUCAAUACCACCUGCGUGUGCACUUCCUCAGUUACAGGCAACUGUAAUGCACUUGCCCAUAACAUCGUCGACCUUGCGCCUACAAUGAACCAAUUGUUCGACACGGACCAUACCCUUAAUUAUGUAUACAAUUCCCUUUGGCUAACUCUGGGAACUACGACGGGCAGCGAUUGCUCAGCGCAAUCUCUUCUCGUUGAUGUCGCACCGGCGUUAACCAUGUCGGAUUCUCCUAAUCGCACGGAGUGGGCCCAGGCUGCAAUCCUCUGGAAUCUUGUUCAGUCGCAGGAUAUUCCCAGCACGAAAACUUUACGAGAUUUCGCCAAAGAUGCUCCUUGGUCAGAAACUAGUCAAUUGGAUGGACCAGUAUCUGAUGAUGCUGGUUCUUUCGCCGUGACAGCUUCAGGUUUCACGUUCAACUUUGCAACUCAAUCGAUCAGUCAGCAAGCCGUAUCAUUCAUCAACAACGGUCAACCCACUGAUGAGCAGAUCAGUCGAGUGAGCAAUACUGCCCUUUCUGCAUUGAAUCGAAUGUACAGUUUCGCGCUCGCAUCUUCCACUCAGCAAAAGAAUGCAUUGUCGACAUACUGGACCUCCGUUUUGCAGCAAAGGGCGGAAGACUUGUCCGACUUCCUGUCGAUUGUCAGCUCGUCACCCCUUCUAAUUCCCUUCGAUGCCACGUCUCAAACCGUGUCUGCCCUGAUGACCAAUUCAUCCACCGAACCAUUCCCGCCGCCUCUGGGAUGCUAUCCGAACCUAUCAUCAUCUGAGCUUGGACAGAUCAAUGAUAUCGAAGUCUCAGUGUUCGGACUUUCGAAUGUAGCGGAGGUGUCUGAGUUCGAUACCUCAUGUUAUCCUGACCGUCCCUUGUAUGGAACUUUGAAUGUGCUUCGCCUUCGACUGCCGUUCGCGAAUACUACGACAGGAGUUGCUCAACAAGCUGCGGUCCUUAACCGAGAUGCUGGUCCUCGUGUAGUCAUUCGCAGCGGCCAGCUGUUGAGCUCUUUGCCGGGAUCAUCUGUUCAGCCAACUAACGGCACCCAAAAUCCUCGACAAUAUGGGACACUCAACCAUCUGGAACAUAUUAUGCUGAACUACUUGCUGUCCCUGGACACGGAUGUUGCCAUUACUCUCGCGACGUAUGUGCUGUCGUACAAAGUUGUACCACCCGACAAUCAAUCAGAGCUCGUUGCGUCCCUGGCGUCUAUCCCGGCUCUAGAAAUUGCUGUCUUUGGCAGCAUAUUUCCAGCCGACAUUGAUCAUUCCGUGUCGUCCUUUUCGAGGACAUCCGAGAAAUUGUUCUUUGGAUCCGAAGAGGCGAGUGCAUUGCGGAACUGGACGAUCACAGGUACGGGUACGAAAGUCGUCUGGGCAGACAAUGCUACGUCAGCCCUGGUCGCGUACGACUCGUCACUGACAGAUGAAACGUUCAAUGAAGUAUGGUCUGCUGCGGCAGCAGCAUUGGAGGGCAAUGUGGAAAAUGUGACGGCGAACAACGUGACCUCAUCCCUGGGUAGUUUGGGCAAGCUGGAUUCCUGA